CAGCAGAGAGUGAAGAUGAUGAUGAAAUGGAAGUUGAAGACCAGGACAGCAAAGAAACCAAAAAGCCAAACAUCAUAAAUUUUGACACAAGUCUGCCAACCUCACAUACAUACCUGGGUGCGGACAUGGAAGAGUUUCACGGCCGGACUUUGCAUGAUGAUGACAGUUGUCAAGUGAUUCCAGUUCUGCCACAGGUGAUGAUGAUCCUGAUUCCUGGGCAGACUCUACCUCUACGGCUUUUUAGCCCUCAGGAAGUCAGUAUGGUGCGGAAUUUAAUUCAGAAAGAUAGAACUUUUGCCGUUCUUGCAUACAGUAAUAUACAGGAAAGGGAAGCACAGUUUGGAACAACAGCAGAGAUAUAUGCCUACAGAGAAGAGCAAGACUUUGGAAUUGAAAUAGUGAAAGUGAAAGCAGUUGGAAGACAAAGGUUCAAAGUCCUUGAGCUAAGAACACAGUCAGAUGGAAUCCAGCAAGCUAAAGUGCAAAUUCUUCCUGAAUGUGUUUUGCCUUCAACUAUGUCUGCAGUUCAGUUAGAAUCACUCAAUAAGUGCCAGAUAUUUCCUUCAAAACCUGUCUCAUGGGAAGACCAAUAUUCAUGUAAAUGGUGGCAGAAAUACCAGAAGAGAAAGUUUCACUGUGCAAAUCUGACUUCAUGGCCUCGCUGGCUAUAUUCAUUAUAUGAUGCUGAAACCUUAAUGGAUAGAAUAAAGAAACAGCUACGUGAAUGGGAUGAAAAUUUAAAAGAUGAUUCUCUUCCUUCAAAUCCAAUAGAUUUUUCUUACAGAGUAGCUGCUUGUCUUCCUAUUGAUGAUGUCUUACGAAUUCAACUCCUUAAAAUUGGUAGUGCUAUCCAACGACUUCGCUGCGAAUUAGACAUUAUGAAUAAAUGUACUUCCCUUUGCUGUAAACAAUGUCAGGAAACAGAAAUAACAACCAAAAAUGAAAUAUUCAGUUUAUCCUUAUGUGGGCCAAUGGCUGCUUAUGUGAACCCUCAUGGAUAUGUGCACGAGACACUCACUGUGUAUAAAGCUUGCAACUUGAAUCUGACAAGCCGGCCUUCUACAGAGCACAGUUGGUUUCCUGGGUAUGCCUGGACUGUUGCCCAGUGUAGGAUCUGUGCGAGCCAUAUUGGAUGGAAAUUUACAGCCACCAAAAAAGACAUGUCACCUCAAAAAUUCUGGGGUCUAACUCGAUCUGCUCUGUUACCCACAAUCCCAGACACUGACGAUGAAAUAAGCCCAGAUAAAGUAAUACUUUGCUUGUAAUGGAGAUGGUAGGGAUACAAUUACCGCCUCUGAUACACAUGUAAGUAAAGAGCAACAUUUACAUGGAGAGUUAUAGUUUCCUAGUUCAACUGUAUUUGAAGAUUUAAGUUCAAGUACCCCUUUAGAGAAACUAAAAAUCAUUCUAGACUACAAGUUGAGUUUAAAUACUUUAGUAGCUUGGAGCCAUGAUCCUGUGGAAUGUGCUAUGUCUGAAAACGCCAUUUUUAGGACAUCUUUGAAAGCAAUGUUACUGUCCAGUGCACAAUAAAUUAAUCAUCUGAUCCUCUUUAUGAAGAACAUACUGGGCCUCAGUAUUGUCAAUGGUGAAGUUCUAAGAGCUAGGGUGCCAAGUACAUGUUUUUUGUUUGUUUUUUGAAAGAGGCAAGAAGUUGUACAUUAUUUUAAAAGGACUUUUGUUAUCUUUAGCUUCUCUGACAAUGAUUUGUAAAUUUUCAAAAUUUAAGAGUAAAAUGCACUUUGAGCCCAAAAAGUUUUUAUUUCCAUUGUGUACUUGAAAUAUUUGUUCAAACUAGAACCCUAGUUAUUACGUUCCAUACAAAGCAUUGUUUUUAAAACGUCAUAAUUUGAACCUAAACUCUUCUGGAGCAAAUACCAAAACAUGUUCUUUGCAUACAGGCCAAAAGGGCUACUGUGUUUUGUGGGCUAUUUAAUGUACAAUGAAGAAAUUGGGUAAGUAAGUAAACUUUAAGACCAAACCUAAACAUCUUUGUUUCAGUAAUAAAUUUAAGAUAUAAUUCUAGGUAGACUGCUUUGCCACUUACAUGCCAAUAUAUUCAAGGGUUUAGUGGGUUGUUUUACAUUUGUGCAAUUAAAUUUAGUUUUGAUAUUCUGUCACUCUUUACAUGCUUCAAACUAAUCAGGUAAACUUUUAAUCAAUCUAUAGUAUGAGGCCAAAAACAGACUGUUAAUUCAUAAUUUUGGUCAGAAUAAGUGGAAAGAAACUCUAGAAUAGGUAGUAUGUUGAGAUUGUAAUUUUUUUCCUAUUCUGCCCUCAAAUUUACUCCAAAUAGAUCCCUGGAAGUCCUCUUCAGAGUAUAGUGCAAUCUAAACCAAAUGAACUUGAGAAAAUUAAUUGCUUUUACCUUUAUAACCUCAAGGGUACAAUUUCUGAACAUUUUAUUGUUUACAAAUAUGACAGAGGCAGAUCUCUGAGUUAAAUCUUCAUACUUCCUAUGGAAAAUA